AUGGCCGAGUCUACAGCAAAUAUCAGGGUUCAUCGAAAAGGCGAUGAAGAGGCUGUACUGCGCGCUCACAAGAUCGCCACCCCAGCAUUCCGCGAUGACCCUCUAUUCGCGUGGAUCUUUUCUGGAGAGCCUGACGUCGAUGCACGGCAAAAACGUCUAGAGGUGUUUUUCAAGCCUGUCGUCAAGUCUGGCCUCGUGUGUGGAGGGUACAUCCUUGAUGCCGACGAUUGGCGUUCCAUGAUGGUGGUAUCAGAGCCGGGGCAGGAUUAUGACGGGCUGUCGACUAUCAUCAAGUGCGGUGGUAUUCCUGCUACCUUGUCUGGUGGAUUACGGCCAACUCUUCGUCUUCUGCUCCAAUAUCUCACACAAGUCGACAAGGUCAAGCUCAAGUGCCUCCCCAAGUCUCAAAUCCGCGAGUGCUUCUACAUUAUUCUCACUGCAACCGAGCCAACUUACCGCAAACAAGGUCUUCUGAGUGCUCAGACCAAACACCUCCAGGAACAUGCCAGGAAGGUGGGCAAGCCCGUGUGGCUGGAAGCAACAUCACGAUACUCGAUGAGCCAGUUCGUCAAGCAUGGAUUCGAGCACAUAGAGGACAUCAGACUCGGAAAGGGCAAGGUCAACGCCCAGGGGAAGAAGGAAAAGGGAGGCGAGGGAGUCUUGAUUGCGUGCAUGAUCUGGUGGCCCGAGGGUGUCAAGGAAGCUAUGAAUGAUAAGAAAGGUCUUCAGAAAAACGGCAAAGAGGCUGAAUAA